AGAACAACCGCUCAAGCACUCGGGUCACCGAGGAUCGAACCCCGACCAUAAAAGAAGCUAGACCCUUCCCCCUCUCCCAUUACCCUUGCGAACAGGUUGCUCAUCUCUUCCUCACUUCCAGGGCUGCCGGAGAGUACGUGUUAGGGUCGCGGGAGAACCUGGUGGCCAGGGUGCGGGUCCACAACUCAGGAGAGGACGCCUUCCUGGCUAAGGUGGUUGUGAAGGUGCCACGGGGAGCCACCUUCAGCAGGUUCCUCCUCACUGAGGACACCUCAGACGACCUCACCCCCAUCUGUUCCUCCACCACCAAGGCUGGCGUCGAGGAGGUAAUAUGUGACCUGGGGAACCCGCUGCCCUCAGGGGCGGGCGUAGGGCUCCAGCUGGUGUUCCAGCCCACUCCCCUCCUCCUCAACCACACCAGUCUUGACUUCCACCUGCGGGCGUCCUCUGCCAACCCCGAGGACCCCGCCAACGCCCACGACAACCACGUCGCCCUCGCCCUCCCCGUCACCCUCAGGAGUGACAUCAACAUCAAGGGCAUUUCCUUCCCGGACGAACCAUUCGACUACAACGCGUCGCAGUACGGCGUCGGGCUGGUCGGGGAGGGAGGUCGGGUCACCCACGAGCGUCAAGUGGGACCUGAAGUGAUGCACGUCUACGACCUCACCAACCGCGGGCCGUCCGACCUGCCGGCGGCCCAUAUCUUCCUGCUGUGGCCGACACGGACGCUGGCCUACGAUCCCCUACUAUACCUGCUGGACCCGCCCUCCGUCUCCGCUCCUGCCCGCUGUCAACCAUUCCACGAUGUCAACUACCUCGGCCUCCAGGUUGAAGAUGCCUCGUCUCGUCUCCAGCACCUGGUGGGCACUUCUGCAGGAGAUGACCGUCCACACCGACGCCCAGAACACACUGACGAAGUCCUUAACGACCAACCGGUUGACGGAGAGUCGUCCAACCAACUCCACCGACACCGUCGCCACAGCCGUCAUCACCACCACCCCCUGCAGGAAGAGAGAGGUCGACGGAGUGGCCGGAGGAGCGAGCGGGAAAGCCUGCAGAAGGAGUUAUCGUGUGGCCCCACCAACUGUACCAGAGUGGUGUGUUCCAUCGCUCCCUUGAGAGCGUCGGACAGCAUAGUGGUGCGAGUUAGAUCAAGACUAUGGGUCGAUACUAUCCAAAAGGUCGGGAUGCCAGAGGUGAAGAUCUCGUCACGGCUGGUGGUGGUGGCGGCUCCCGAGGGCGGUGACCCCGGAGACUGGUGGCUGCAGGGGGACGCUGGCGACGGGGAGUCUCCUGAAGGAGAAGGCAGUGGAGGGGGCGUGGAGAGGAGCGUGUGGUCCAGGACGGUGACCACCGUGGUGAGGACGGGACCAGAGGAACAUCGUAGCUCUCUCAAGUGGUUGGUGGUCGUCGGCAGCAUCCUCACUGGGCUCCUCCUGUUGGCUCUCCUCAGUUUGUUGCUGUGGGCG